UGAAGAUGCUCAGAUCUGCGGAGAGCGACGGCCGGUGCACACGCUCUCGGGGAUCCGUGGGAAAACAGACGUUUUUUUUUUUUACAGACAUGAGGCAAAAAACGUUUAACUUUUGAAUUUCUAGAAAGUCUAAAAUUUCUUAAUUUUCUAAAUUUCUUAAAUUUCACCGGGACUGAAAUAUACAGAAUUCGUAAAUAACCUGUGAGAUUGAAGUAAAAGUGUUAAUUUCCUGCCUCACCGAGUGAAAAAGAGCAAAAGAAUGUUCUUACGCUUCAUCGCACUUUUUGCUCUCGUUCAUUGUGUCCUAGGUGAUUGUGAAACAGGAUGGAGGGAGCACGAGGAAAGGUGUUACUAUUUCUCCACUGAUAAAAAGACAUGGCAUGAGGCUCUAGAGGAGUGUGCGCACAAAGGAAGUCAUCUGAUGAGCAUCACGAACCUUCACGAGAGGUUGUGGGUCACUACGCAGGUCGGUCACUCGAUAUACUGGAUCGGUCUGAACGAUAUCGCCUCUGAGGGGAACUGGGAAUGGAGCGACGGCAACAUUUACUACCCGUACCUGGAGUACUGGAGACCAGGACAACCAGAUAACUUUAACGACGACGAGGACUGCGGACAAGUGGACGGGGUCAGCGAAGGUCGCUGGAACGACGAGCAGUGCACAGCGCCGAGGCAGUACAUCUGCAAACGAGACAACCCGAACCCUCCCAUGUUGUGUGACAUGGCAAAUGGGUGGGAACAGUUCGGUUCUAACUGCUACAAACUGCACCACGAGGUUAGGAACAGCUGGAUGUCUGCUCGGACCGAGUGUCUGAAGGAGGGAGGUGACUUGGUGUCCAUCGAAUCGGUAGAAGAAGAGACCUAUGUCUUAGGCCUGGAACCGUCCAAUUACGACCUGUGGCUCGGCUACUCCACCCUGAAAUGCACAUCCGUUUCCUGUGAAGUUCAGCCAAACAGCAGCUCGUUCAGUUGGUCUGAUGCAGCUUCCUUCAGCUACACACACUGGGCUCACGGGCAGCCUGAUCUCACCGAUAAGCAGAACGGCCUGUGUGCUGGUCUCAUCAAGUCAGGAGAUGAUUACGGGAAGUGGCGAACUCACUUGUGUCGCUCUGAACAUCCAUACGCAUGCAAGAGAGCCUUAAACACCAUUUGCCCACUUGGCUGGAUGAGCUAUAAGGGAAGCUGCUAUUUGGUGGUGACUAACGGCCGCCUGCUGACCAGUUGGCACGAGGCGCUGAGCAGAUGCAGCAGCAUGGGUGCAAACCUUCUGACCAUCAAAAAUGAGGAGGAGCAAUACUUCAUCAACGCCAUGCUUCCUGACAUCCACCAGAUCAACAUUCCUGACGUGUGGAUCGGAGUUUCAGAUAUGGACGAGGACGGCAAGUUUCGAUGGGUGGAUAAGACAGAUAUCGAGUUUUCCAACUGGAGCCCUAAUUUCCCAAAGAACACAGUUAAGCUCUGGGACUGUGGUCAGAUUUACACAGGGAAUUACGCUGGGAAAUGGGAGACAGCCAACUGCUUCAAGGUCCAGGCAUACAUCUGUAAGAUGUUGGGGGGUCAGAACGUGAAACCUACACCUCCUCCAGAAUUCCACUGUGACCAGGGAUACCUACUCUACGGGGAUUACUGCUAUCAGUUUGAAAGCGAGUCUGUUAAAACAUGGCAGGACGCAGAAGACUACUGUCUCUCACAGAACGGACAUCUGGUCAGCAUCCACGACCAGGGGACGGUCAGCUUCAUCACAGCUCACAUUAGCAGAGCUUCUUGGAUCGGACUGAAUGACGUACAGCAAGAAGGGAACUUUAUAUGGUCUGAUGGAACGCCUUCUGACUUCUUGCCAUGGGGUGAAGGUCAACCUGAUAACUGGUACGACGAGGACUGUGUGCAAAUCCGAGGCACGGAGCACUUUGAGACGGGAAAAUUUAACGAUAUACCGUGUUCUAACACUUAUCCCUUCAUCUGUCAGAAAGGUAAAGGUGUUGGUCCUCCACCAGUUCCACCCACUUCUGGCCCAGGUUGGAAUGAGAAGUGUGGUUCCUGGAUUCCUGACCCCUUUAAUGAUUACUGCUACCACAUAUUCCCAUUCUCCAUGCGUAAGUGGGCUGAAGCUCGUGCUGACUGUGUGAAUCAGGGAGGCGACCUUGCCAGCAUCACUGAGCCUGCUGAGCAGGCCUUCAUUCAGGCUCAAAUCCAGUCGAUUCCCACGGGCAUGUCUCUGUGGAUCGGAGCUCAUGACACGGUCACAGAGGGAGGAUGGGAAUGGAUGGACAGAUCUCCUUUCCGUUACAUUAACUGGUCUCCAGGGAACCCUGAUAAUUAUUUCGGAGAAGAUUGUCUCUCCAUCUACAUCAACAACGGCUUGUGGAACGACGACAACUGCGAGUAUCGGCGAGGCUACAUCUGCAAACGCCGCGGAAACACACCAGAACCUCCACCACCUCAUGAUGGUAUGUUGUUUACUGCACACCACACACGUGUGUUUGAUGAUCCAGUACAUUGCGAGGUCCCGGGAACGUACGAACGUGUCAGGAAGCAGUGUGACAACCAUCAGUUCUGUUUCCUCUACACACACCUGGAUAUCGACCCGUGUCCGUCUGUCUCCAAAUACCUGGAGGUGGUGUACAGCUGCGAGCAGGACGUGUGUGUGAGAGGUCUAGGACUUGAAGAUGGCAUCAUUACAGACUCAAUGCUUUCUGCUUCCUCAUCGAUGGCUGGAAAAGAAGCUAGAAAUGCUCGACUCAAAGGAAGCUCCUGCUGGAUGCCUUCCAGCACCAGUAACUCCUGGAUCCAGGUGAGCCUGAACGAGGUGAAGAAGAUCACGGGGGUGGUGAUCCAGGGCUGCCCCUCUGCCGAUCACUGGGUGACCAUGUUUAGAGUCCAGACCAGCGUGGACGGCGUCUCCUGGACCGACUACAAAGUGGACGGGAACAUAGUAGAGUUCUUUGGCACAGCAGACAGAGAUUCUCUCGUUACUCAGCUUCUCGGGAACCCCGUGUCUGUGAAGUACAUUCGAAUCUUUCCAACAGAGUGGCACAACCAGGUCGGGCUGCGCUUCGAAAUCCUCGGCUGCACGCCUGACUAUGCCAUCAGUUGUAUAGCAACACCCAACUUGGACCACUCUGUAGACAAACUGACUGUCCACUGUCCUGCUGGUUGUGCUGAACAGUUCUACAGUGUGUUUGGAACCACGACUUACCGAGGGGACUCUACGGUCUGCGCAGCUGCCAUCCACGCCGGUGUGAUCCUCAACGAGAUCGGAGGAGAUUGCACCGUCCUUAAAGCUCCCGGGCAGGACUUCUACGUCGGCUCCACCAGGAACGGCAUCACCUCCAGGCAAUACAGCGGAUCUUAUUACGUGUCGUACCAGUUUGCUGAUGGAGAACUCAGAUGUUCUGGAAACGACUGGCAUGAAUUUGGCGAGUUCUGCUACAAACCCUUCACAGAGAAGAGGACAUGGCACGAGGCUCAGUCUGCAUGCAGGAGGCACGGCGCUGAGCUCGUCUCCAUCAUGUCCCUGACGGAGCAGAGCUGGCUCCAGAACUUCCUCUACCUGGCCACCAGUGACGUGUGGACCGGACUGAAUGAUCUGCAGUUUUCAGGCUUCUUCACUUGGUCAGACAAACACCAGGUGAAGUUCACUUACUGGGCUCCUGGAGAACCAAACAACCACAUGGGCUUUAAGGAGGAUUGUGUGGAGAUGUACCAUCAGACGGGUCGAUGGAACGAUGUGGCCUGCACUGAACUGAACACCUACAUCUGUAAGAUGCCUAAAGGACAUUACCCUCUGCCCUCCAUUAAACCCACGGUGUACGGCUGCCUUCAGGGCUGGGAUGCUUUUGAGAACUCCUGUUACUGGUUUGAGGAGACCGCCAGGAGCCGUGCUGAGGCCAAGGCCUUUUGUGAGAGUAAGAGCAGCUCUCUGCUCCACAUACUGGAUGUGUACGAGCAGUCUCACUUCACCGUGUUGCUGAGCGCUUACACGGGGAACUGGUCGAUCGGUCUGAGAGCGAGGGGUGAAUUAGGAGGAGUGGACUAUCAGUGGGACAACGGCGCUGCACUCCUCUACACUCACUGGGACAGAGGCUAUCCUGAUGACAGUAAAGGCGAUUGUGUCGCCAUGACAACGAAGCCUAUCGCAGGUUUCUGGACAAACCAGAAGUGUGAGGUUUCAAAUCCGUUCAUCUGCGAAUCGGCUAGAGACGGCAUCUCCCCGCCCACUCAUGCCCCGACUCCGCCCCCCGUCGCCGGGUGCGCUGACGGCUGGUCUGGCAAGCCGCACUUCAGGCAGUGCUACAAGCUCUUCACAGUGGAUUAUUCACGCAAAAGAAGCUGGACUAAAGCUCGAGAUGACUGUUUGUCCCGCGGAGCCGACCUCGUCAGCAUCCAUAACGUAGAGGAGGAGACCUUCAUAGCUGACUACACCAAAGGGAAAAGGCAAUGGAUUGGUCUGACCCAAGACCCCACCAAUGGAGGUUAUCACUGGAGCGACGGUUCUCCUGUCACUCACACUAACUGGGGCGACGGCGAGCCGAACGAUCACGGAGGUCGGGAGAAUUGCGUUGAGAUGGUAAGCAAGACGAACGGCACCUCCUUCUGGAAUGACCUCACCUGCGACGCAUAUCUGGAUUGGGUGUGCAUGAUCGCUAAGGGCAAGACACCCCUCAUCCCCCCAGUAACUCCUCCACCUAUUCCAGCUCCUGACUGCGGAGACAAUCUCGGAUGGAGGAAGAACGACGGCAUCUGUUAUUACUACAACGACACGGACAUCGUGGACUUCCACACGGCUUUGAAGAGGUGCUUCAAAGAGAAAGCGCGGCUUGUAUCUAUCCUAGACCAGCAGGAGCAGACCUUCGUGGUGUCCAUGGUGGGAACAGGAAAGGUCGACGCAGCGUGGAUCGGCUUGAGGAUGUUUGGGGUUAUCGAAGGAGAGUACCUGUGGGUGGACGGGUCUCCGGUGACGUACGUGCACUGGGCUCCCGGAGAACCCAAUAACGCUGACGGAGAGGAGCAGUGUGUACAGAUGCAAAGAACUCCAGGCACGUGGAACGACGUGAACUGCGGCCGGGACGUCGCAGGCUACGUGUGUAAGAAGCUUCCAGGAGAUCAUCACACUCCACCGCCUCCUACCCCUGCGUGGGAAGGGAACUGCCCUGAAGGAUGGCUGCGUUUCCAUAACAAGUGCUACGUUAUCAAAGGGACGCACACACACAAUGAGGAACGAGCAAACUGGACGUACGCACGAGACUGGUGCAAAAGCCACGGCGGAUACCUCGCUGUGAUCGACGACAUCAACGAGAACGAAUUCGUGGCCAGUUAUCUGAGAGACGCGAGCCACGCGGCAUGGAUCGGUCUGUCUGAUCGGCUGCACGAGGGGAAAUUUGCUUGGAACGACGGCGUGAGUCCCGUCCUGUUCACCAACUGGGCUGAUAAAGAACCCAACAACAACAACGGCGAGGAGCACUGCGUGUCCAUGACUCAUAACCACCUUGUGACGGGUCGCUGGAACGAUGAGAACUGUGACGAGAGACGAAGUUGGGUGUGCUACAGUAAGAAAUCCAGCAGUCUUCCUCCUCCUCCUCCUCCCGUCAGCACGUGUCGCUCAGGCUACGUCUCCUGGUAUAAGAACUGCUACAAGCUGGUGACGGAGCCGAAGCCGUGGGACGAGGCGCAGGCCGCUUGUGUGAAGGAAGGAGGAAACCUAGCCAGUGUGGACAUGAGCUACGAGCAGGCCUUCAUCUCAGCAGUGAUGCAGCAGGACAAACAGGACACGUGGAUCGGACUCAGACGCAAAGACUACGACGAGGGGAUUUACCGGUGGUCCGACGGCUGGCCGGUGUUUUACACGCACUGGGGCCCGGGAGAGCCGACCAAUCACAAAGAAGAGGGGUGCGUGAGCAUGCACGGACGUUCCCACUUCAUCCAGGGCACGUGGAACGACACGGAUUGUAAAGUCGCUAAGCCGUACCUCUGCAAGAUCUCACACGAGUCGCCGCCUCCAACCCCACCUCCAGGGGACGGGGAGUGUUUGCCGUUCUGGCAACCGUACGGAAGCUACUGCUACAUCAUGUAUAACGAGAAGGAGGGUCGCUCCUGGCCCGAGGCGCGACACUUCUGUCAGCUGAUCUCAGGGAGCGACUUGGCGUCGGUACACAGCAGAGCCGAGGUGGAGUUCCUCACCAACACCAACACCACCAGAAUCCAUAACUUAUGGAUCGGACUCACCAGAGACACCUCAUAUGGCUGGGGCUGGACCGACCGGAGCGCUCUGGGCUUCACCCACUGGGCUCAGGGCGAACCAAGCGGCGGUGGACAAGACGGGACACGAGAGGACUGCGUGGAAAUGUACAAGGACGGAAAAUGGAACGACAACAGCUGCUUUGAGAAGAGAGGCUUCGUCUGUAAACGCCGCCAGCAUUAUUCCCCGGAUCAUACAAGCACUACUACCGUCUCUCCAAUCCAUCGAGCAGGCUCGAUCGUCGGCGGUAUAAUCGGAGCUCUGGUGGCCGUGCUGGUGGUUCUGGCCGUGUUGUACUACGUCUUCAGGGUGAAAGGAGUGAAGCUGAGUAGAAUCAGUCUCCCAAGCAGGAGCAACGAUCACGUGGAUGUGCCCGCCUUCAACAACCCGAACUUUGCCGGAGAAUCCGAUACGUGAAGUGGGCGUGGCUAACGGUUGUACAGAAAGCGGCGAAACCGCAGGGAAGUUCGAGACGAAAUCGAACCGUAAUUCGUUGGUUUUAGAGUCUAAAAUGUUCUUGUGUUCUAAUUAUUCCAAAUUUUAUUAAAGCUAGAAGCAAGCAAAUAAAUAAAUAAAUAAAUAAAUAAAUAAA